AAAAUAAACUUCCUAAAAUCCCGUCUCUACGCCAAUGUUCUAUGAUAGUCCCGAUCCGGAUCGUGCUCUGGUACGCUCGAAUACACAGCCGGCGUUGCCGGCAAGGAAAUCUCGAUGCGGAGAGGCUCCUCGUGGCUAGCACGAACUAUAGCAACGACCAGAGGAACAACAAGGUUGAGGAACAGCCAGCACUUGUCGAUGAGUUUUCCAACGAGAAUGCCCGUCCCGGGGUCGCCGGAGGUCGACCAUGUAUAGAAAAAAAUCGCCUCGCCCGUCUUCACGAUGUGGGCGGUGCCUACGAGCUUGACGGAMGAGACCAAAAAGAGAAGAGACAGGUAGACCUUGCCGACGWGGGCCACRUUUUCGGGCCGGUCGAGACCGAGACCAACCCCGGYAUAUUUCUGUUUUGUCUCGACAACGUACGCCGUGUUCGAAGCCGCAAUCAGGAGGAGUCCCACCUGGAAACAGAGGAAUCCAAAGGUGUGUCCCUUUACGUCUUCGUAGGCUCUGAUCACAAAAAUCAGGCCUUGGUGGUUGGUUGGAUCGAAAAGCAGCACGCGAGMCSAGGAAAGAAAACAAGAGCGUCCAAAAAACAACACGGCAUCGCAAUCGGAUGUGAGUGUGAGCGUCCCUGGCAUCGCACGCCGAACGGAAUGGCGACCCGGGACUUCCGUGCCAAGAAACAAUCGGACCAACAAACCCACACGCACRCCUUGCGGUUUUUCCUACUCACGAAAGACGAGGCAAAGGAAUACGGUAACGGGAUACUGGAUCUUGCAAAACCUCCAGUACMGGGCGCUUACCCUGCCCGCCUGGAAGGAGAGCUUGGUGUUGAAAAAGUCCAGCGUGAGGUAGGUGAUCAUCGCAACCUCGAAGAABGGAAACAAGACCGCCGURUAUUCACGAGCGGGAGAGUAGUCCCAGUACACGCAGAUAUUGGAAUACCCGAAAUUCUCGAAGAGAUGGUUUUCGGUGGCAAAAUCGAAUCCUUUUCCGUAGGUGAGAUUGAAGCGACCCCCGUUCUGUAACACGACCCGAAGGGGUUGCGGURGCAAAGAAACAACAAAGAACUCCAGCGGUGAGACGGCCAAUGGAUCUCGGUCUUKCCAACGGCUGGCACAACAAACACCAGAGCGAUYGAUYSRWUCGAUCGAACCAAAACGAAACGACGAAAACGACGAAACUCACCCGGUUGAACGGCCCGCACCCAGUCGAGUUGGUGUCGGCCGUGGCGUUGUUGCAGCCCGGAUCCCCCUUUUCGAGGACCCCCGCCACCACCAGGGUGCUCACCAGGUAGGCAAAGAGGACGAACACCAUGAACACGGCGUACGCCGCGAUYCUCCACGACUCGACUCUGCACCACAG